AUGCAACACACAACUUUGCCUUUGUAGAGGACGGGCAAACUAUAUUAUUACUGGUGACUAUAACUGAACAUAAAUACCACCACAUUAAUAAACAAAGAGCAACAUCACCAUGUUUUUCUGGACCCGCCCUUGGACGACGCAAGUGUUGGUGGCCUUGGCAUCGAGCGACAAGCCAAUGCCGACGAUUCCUGAAUGGAUCUUUGAAGUGUGGAUGGAUUCCUUCUUGCUGCUGCCGUUGGCCAUUGUGGUGGGACAGGUCCACAUUCGAUUGUCCGCUUCGAUCAAACUGCCCAAGGCCGUCCGAGCGAGCCUUCCACCCGCCAUUUGGACCCUUUUGCUGCAGUGUCUAUUCAGUGACGUUUUCUUUCGUCUCUUGCUCUGGAGUGUCGCCGGACUGGUGGAUCUUCAGGAAGAUAAUAGUAUUCUUGUGGCAACCGACGGAUGGAAGGAUCACUGGGGCUGGAAUGGACCUUUUAUUCUGUUCACCGUUCGUCUCGUCGUCGCGAUACUGGGCGUUGCCGUGGGAGAAACCUUUUUCCCCUUGGUCCUGACGGGUGGCAUUGCCUGUGGCAAAAGCACCGUCUCCAAGUUACUGGCGGAAAAGGCCCAGUUUCACAUGAUUGAUGCCGACAAAAUUGGACAUCAAAUCCUAUUGCCACCGUGGCACGAACAGCUGAAUCAACCCGAUGCAUUGGUGACCCCCAACGAUUCCGUCUAUGUGCGAAUACUAGAAACCUUUGCCAAUGACGCGGACCAGGCAGCGGCGGCUGCUACGGAAAACAAUGAUAGCAAACUGGGAACCGCCGUGGCCGGAAUCCACGACAAACACCCCUUACUCGACGACGACAAGAAUAUCGAUCGGACCAAAUUGGGAGCCCGGAUCUUUGCCACUCCCGCCGAACGCCAAAAGCUCAAUGCCAUUACGCAUCCCAAAAUCUUUUAUUGUCUCUUAAAAAACAUGGCCAAAUCGCUCUAUUUUGGCAAUGAUAAGCCCUUUGUGUGUGCCGAAGUACCGCUCUUGUUUGAAAGUGGAGCCUUGCGGUAUAUUUUUGGAAUGGUCUUGGUGGUGGCAUGUACCGAAACGCAACAAUUCAACCGCCUCCACAAACGAA